UGGCCUGCUAUACCAGCUAAAACAGAUCGCCACCGCGCCCAUAUGCGCGCGAUCGAAAGUGAGUGCGAGCACCAUCAGAGAAUACGAUCUUCGUCCGUAUAGGACCAAGAGCGGAGUGGAAAUUUCUGCUCAAAAAUAAAUCCAAGAAAAAUCUGCGCGCCGACUUUCUUCGUCAGUCGUGUGAACGGCACUCUCCGCCGCUUAUUUGCCAUUCGCACGUUAAUCACGGCAGACGCAAUUCGAGUGGACGUCGCGAUUCUACGGAAGCUGAGCUGUGACCAUCAACAUUCGGUGAGAUUGCGGAUUUGAGGAUCAUUCGUGGAUGCCAAAAAAGGCAUUAAUUUUUCUGUGAAGUGUAGUGGGAAUCCGAUCGUACGGUUGAUCAGCUCCGUGAAACGUUACAAGGGUCCAAUACAUGUGAGCGCCGAAUUUGUUCACAAAAAAGACAAUAAAAGUCGACAAAAUUUACGACGCCUCCUCAAUGAUCAACAACAGUCGAAGAAGAAAGGCAAAUUGUUCAAAAAUGAGAAAAUAACUUCAGUGGCGACGACGCGGACGACCAAGAAUUCUGAUCUGUCUGUCCUGGCGGAAAAACGCGAUCGGGUGGUGUUGAAAAGUGAAAAGUGACCUUAGCAGGCAGGCAGUGCUGGGGAAAAUUACGAGUUACGCGUGAGGUCGUCGAGAAGAAAGAACGAACGCACAGAGAGCGUUCGCAGAGAGAAACCAAUACAACAACAACAAUCGCCGCCAUAGAUAGUAAACAAUCCCCGGGAGGUUCAAGAUGUUCAAGGUCGACGAAAACUAUCCCACUCAAGAACUCGAACCGGCAUUCCCGUACCGGCAGGUGCAGCUGAAAGAGCAUGUCGAUCCCCGGCAAACGUUCGACAUACUGCCGGAGCUGGGCCGGGGUACCUUCGGGACGGUGUUCCUGUGUCGGGAGAAAGCCUCCGGGCUGGAACUGGCGGCCAAAAUUGUGUCCUGCAACAAGAAGAAGGAACGCACCGACGCUAUUCGGGAGAUCGACAUCAUGAGCUGCCUGCACCAUCCUCGGUUGAUCCAGCUGUUCGAUGCGUUCGACUACGAGAAUAAAGUCUAUGUGAUACUAGAACUAGUCCAAGGCGGUGAGCUGUUCGAGCGUGUGAUAGAUGACGACUUUGUGCUGACGGAGAAGGCUUGUGCCGUGUUCAUGAGACAGAUCUGCGAGGGCAUGGAAUACAUCCACAGCAGGAGCAUAAUUCAUCUCGACAUGAAGCCAGAAAAUAUUCUCUGUCUCACAAAGACCGGCAAUCGGAUAAAGAUCAUCGAUUUUGGAUUCGCCAGACGAUACGAUCCCAACAAAAAACUUCACGUCAUGUUCGGCACGGCAGAGUUUACCGCCCCGGAGGUCCUGAACUAUGACGAAAUCUACUUCUACACGGACAUGUGGAGUUUGGGUGUUAUCUGUUACGUUCUACUGUCCGGUCUGUCGCCGUUCGUGGGCGACAACGACAUGGCGACCAUGAACAACGUCGUCACCGGGAGCUACUCGUUCAAGUACAGCUCGUUCGAUGCCGUCUCGGAGGAUGCGAUGGACUUUGUCCGGCAGCUACUGGUCCGGGAUGGGUCCAAGCGGCUCACCGCCAAACAGGCCCUCUGCCACAAGUGGUUGGCCGAGACGGCCCCGCAGAACACAACCGAGUUAUCUAUAACAAAAACAAAAUUGAAACGUUAUGUUAUUAAGAAACGGUGGAUCAAGGCGGUCAACACGAUCAUCGCGCUGCGGCGGAUGGGCGCCCGGAUCGAUUUCGAUCUGAUCUGAUCCUGGGGGUGGGAGGACAAAUGGGGAUCAGUCAGCUUGGUGGUAAUCAUUGGGCGCGGUUGGAGAAGUCCAGCUAUGGGGAACCAGAACGGGUUAAUUAAGUAGGAAUGAUAUUGGGUAUGAUAAUUUUUAUGUUUCUUAGGUUUAGGAAGAUGUGAGCAAAUUCGUAACCUUCGUUUUAAGUGUUAGUAAGUAUGUAGUUAGACGUUUAAUUUUUUCAAAGAUACAGUGAUGACAAGAGUUUAUUUAGUCUUUUUCAUGGAACAGUGGAUUCACUGUAGCUCUAUAUUUUGGACAGAACUGCAGUGCUAUACAGUUGAGUGUCCUAUAACGUCGUGUUACCUUCUUUAUGUUCAUCGCCAUUUGUCGGCGAUCGGAUGCAAAUUGAAGUAUUUUUGAGCGUAUUUUGAUCAUACCGUUAUAAGACAUUCGAGUGUAUAUGAUUUCCCUCCAAUAAUACAUAGAAUUUCAACAGACUUAUGUAAAUGAUGCACUUCAAAUGAUAAAAAGAUCACACGUGUGUGCACCAGACUCUACUCUACAUACGUGUCACAUCAAUCAUCCUUCUUCACCAGUCAAGUCACCCAAUUAAAAGUUAAGAAUCGCGUUUCCAGGUGAUCGUCCCGACCCAACUUCACACUGAUACUCGUCAUGUACAUAGUUAUUAAUUGAAUAAAGCAAAUUUUAAUUGUAGCGCACACUAGCAUUGUAAGACACCUCCGUACAUGUGUAAUCGAGAUGCAAGCGGUUAUUUCCUUAAUAUUACGAGUAAAUAAUAAAUAAUAAAUUCUACAACUAGAACCAUGAAAAAUCACCUUUUAAGCGAG